AUGGCAUGCACAAGAUGUGGGGUGUCCCAAGCCAUAGUCAUCCGGCCUAAGGAUAAGAGUAAAGUCUGCAAGGCAUGUUUUUUCAAUGGUUUUGAGGAGGAUGUCCAUGAAACAAUAACAUCCUCAAAGAUGUUCAAAGAAGGAGACAAGAUUGGAAUCGGGGUGAGUGGGGGAAAAGACAGUACGGUGCUGGCCUAUGUAUUGGACCUUCUCAACAAAAGGCAUAAGUAUGGGAUAGAGCUUAUACUACUCAGUGUAGAUGAAGGAAUAGCAGGAUACAGAGACCACUCCAUCGAAACGGUAUGCAAGAACAGCAAAAGCUUUGGAUUGAAGCUUAGGAUAGUGUCAUUUGAAGAGAUAUUUGGAGUGACGAUGGAUGGGAUUGCUCAUAAAACAGGGAAGAGAGGAAAUUGCACAUACUGUGGGGUGUUCCGUAGGCAGGCUCUAGAAGAGGCGGCAAGGGAAAUGGGAGUAGAUAUGAUAGCAACAGGACACAAUGCAGAUGACAUGGCCGAAACAGUUCUGCUUAAUGUAAUUCGAGGAGACAUUUCCAGGCUUGGAAGAUGCACUCGGGAAAAGACAAAAGAGCAGAAAAAUGGAGACGGAAAAGUGAUAUCGCUUUCGAGACUCAAGCCGUUUAAGCACAUUUAUCAGAAGGAGAUAGUUCUUUAUGCAUUUUACAAAAAGCUGGAAUAUUUUUCAACGGAAUGCACAUAUUCUUUUGGAGCAUCUCGGGGAGACCUCAGAAUGCUGGUGAAGCAGCUGGAAAGGGAAGAUCCGAGAGUGAUACUGGAAGUGAUAAGAAGUGGGGAUCUGCUUCAGCAGAAGGAGUGCAUGGACAGAACACCUGGAGAGUGUGUGAUGUGCGGGCAUUCGACAUCCUCCGGGGAUACCAUAUGCAACGGAUGUACUCUGAUCAAGAGAUUGGGUAAUACAAAACCUAACUAUUGA